CAGCAAAAAAAAAUUUAAUAUGUGUGGCCCACAUGUAAGUGAGACAAUGGUGUGGGUCCCACAUUUCUCUGUUUUUUUUCUUUUUCUCUUCUCUUCUCUCCGAAAUCUCUCGAGUCUCGAGCAGGCACGGCGACCGAGGGGGAGAAAGGUGGCCGGUGGCGGAGCGGAGAUGGCGGCGGCGGGAGAGGGAGAGAGAGGCGGUCGACGCGACGGCGGCGGCGGGAGAGGAGGAGAGGUGGAGGCCGGCGCGACGGCGAGCUCUGCGUCGGAGAUGUUCGAACGUGCCGGGUGCUCGACCACGGGCCCCGUCGCCGCCCGCCGGGCGAGCGACGCGCUCUCCCCGUCGACCCUCUCUCCCUCCCCAAGGCGAUGGGGUUGCUCCGCUGCCGAAAGAGCUGCUGCCUCCACUGGAUGAACUACCUCAGCCCCGACCUCAAGUGCAGCAACUUCACCGACGACGACGACGAGCUCACCAUCAACCUCCACGCCCUUCUCGGCAACAAGUGGAACACGCACAUCAAGCGCAAGCUCAUGAGCCAGGGCAUCGAUCCGCAGACGCAUCAGCCGGUUAGCGCCGGGACCAGCGUUGCCGCGGCAAGCGAGCUGACCACAACGGCCAGCACUGUCGGCUUCCCAUCCCUGCAGGCGCCGGCGCCGGCAUGAGGGAGCUCGAGGAGGAAGGAGGGAAGGUUGGGAGGGGUCUUCCUCAUAGUCGUUGUUGACGGCGGAGGUGUCUCCGGCGGAGGCCGAGUCAGCGGCGGAGGUGAGCUCGAGCUCCGCGUCGAGGAGCACCGCGAAGUCAUCGCUGCCGCUCGACGACGACGGGGAGGACGGCGACGGCGACGGCGACUUGGCGGCGGGGCUUAUGGUCGAGGGCAAAGGGCGUGCUUUGGUCGGUUGGGGUAGGCUGGAUGCGCCUCCGCGCUCGCCCACCUCCGCUCCGCUGCCAUGCUCGCCCUCCGCCGCUCCACCCGCCGCCGCGCUCGCCCUCUGCUUCUUUGCCCGCGGCCAUGCUUGCGCUCCACUGCUCGGCCCGCUGCGCUUGCGCCUGCCGCCGCUCCGCUGCCGCGCUUGCCCUCUGCUGCGCCACCCGCAUCCGCACGCGCUGCUCCGCCUGCCGCCGGCCUCCCUCACUAAAGAGAAAUAGAGAAGAGAGAAAAGAGGAGAGAAGGAGAAGGAAGGAGAAGAAAAAAAA